AUGAAUGGACAUUUAAAAAGCAAACAUAAAAAUACUUUAUUAUCUAAUAAAGAUAAACUAAAGAGUCCUGAGGCAUCAGCAUCCAAGAUUCCUGAGGCAUUAACAUCCAAGAUUCAUGAUAUACCUUCAAGUUCCAUUGAACAAAAUAAAGACCAUAACGUAUCCAAUGAAACUUUUAUGGGAGCAUUUAAACGACAAAAAACGAUUUCAGAAUCAUUUGGUGUUAUGGUAUCGUUCAAAGAAGGUGGUGUCAAAUCCAAAAAACUUAUCCAUGCAAUUAUGUUUAUAAUUUGUAAAGACAAUCAGCCAUUAAGCAUAGUCGAAGACGAAGCGUUUAAAUACUUUAUGAAGACAGUUUCACCAAAUUUUAAAUGUCUCCAAACUGACAGAACUAAUAAAUAUAGUGUUGUGGCGAGCGACGAACUGCGAAAAGCAACCAAUGGUGAUGGUAAACUCAUUCAAGAGGUAGCAACCAGAUGGAACAAAAAGAAAUCAAAGAUAUUUCUGAUAUUAUUAAGACCUAUUGAAGCAUCUACCAAAGAACUUUGUGGUCAAAAAUAUGUAACUUCAAGUAUGGUUAUUCCUAUGGUGUACAUGAUGGUUAAAAACAUCAUUCAAUUCAAACGUACACAAGAAUUAGGCAUUCAGUUAAAAAAAGAAAUCAUAUUUCAUUGUGAGAAGCGUUUUGGUUUAGUUGAAAGUGUUACAUUUUUAAGCAUAGCAACAGUUUUAGAUUCACAAUUUAAAAAGAUUUAUUUUAAAGAUCCAUUGAUUGGCACUCUCUAA